AUGUCGGCCCCCGCGCCCCUCCUUCGCCCGCCCAUCCCCGGCGCACGCCCCGGAAGAAGAGGCCCGCCAUCUCUCGGUCUCUCCAUACCACCCUCGCCAAACCAACGUCCCGUCACAAACGAUGCAAACGGAAACAUCACACAGUCGCGCCCUCAGCCACCCAAGCUCAACAUCAUGACUCCCAUGGGCUCCAACAAUGCGCCGCACGAGGGCAGGCAGGGACCCCGCGGCCUACCACCACUACAAAUCGGCCCAGGCCUCUCCGCCUCGGGCUCGGGCUCGAGCGAUGCCAGCGCCCAUUCGAGGUCUGGCAGCUUCGGUGAAAUGCCAAUCACCAGCUCGGCUUCUUCAUACCAUGCAUUGGGCUUUCCAGGCCUGCAGAAAGACCCUAUUUCUGCCAUAUCACAAGGAAACAGCGAGGGUGCACAAUCCAUGGAGCGUGUCGGUAGCAGUCAGCCAUUGCCAGAUCUGGACGCCAUGGCUGCGGAGAAGGGGCGGCCAUUGGAGGUUGACGAUCUCGAUGAUGCGGCAUGGCGAGCAGCGAGUGCAAGGGGUCUGAUAGAGGAAAAGGGCAGUUUGGGCGAAGGUGCUGGAGGAGCCGUCACCAAGUGCAUACUCAAGGGCGGCAAGACUACAUUUGCUCUAAAGAUCAUCACCACAAACCCCGACCCUGACGUCAAGAAACAAAUCGUACGAGAACUGUCCUUUAAUAAGAACUGUGCUAGUGACCACAUUUGCCGCUACUACGGUGCCUUUAUGGACGACAGCACGGGAACUAUCAGCAUCGCCAUGGAGUUUUGCGAGGGUGGUUCGCUAGACGCGGUAUAUCGCGAAGUCAAAAAGCUUGGAGGCCGAACAGGCGAGAAGGUCCUAGGCAAGGUUGCUGAAGGUGUUCUGAAUGGCCUGACAUAUCUCCACUCUCAUCGCAUCAUCCAUCGAGACAUCAAGCCCAGCAACAUUCUACUAUGUCGGAACGGGCAAGUCAAGCUAUGUGAUUUUGGUGUAUCCGGAGAGUUUGGAACAAAGGGCGAUGCCAACACCUUCAUUGGAACAUCAUACUACAUGGCACCAGAGCGCAUUACCGGACAGAGCUACACCAUUACCAGUGACGUGUGGAGCUUAGGUGUGACUCUUCUUGAGGUCGCCCAACAUCGAUUUCCCUUCCCAGCAGAUGGCACUGAGAUGAACCCUCGUGCUGGCCUCAUCGAUCUGCUCACGUACAUUGUGCGGCAGCCCAUCCCCAAGCUAAAGGACGAGCCUGAAAAUGGCAUCAAGUGGACAGAAAACUUCAAGUACUUCAUCGAGUGCUGUCUUGAGAAAGAUUGCCCUCGAAGAGCCACACCUUGGCGGAUGCUCGAGCAUCCGUGGAUGGCUGAGAUGAAGUCCAAGAAGGUCAACAUGGCGCACUUCCUCAAGCAAGUAUGGGACUGGAAGGAUUAA